AUGGAUCAAGACAUGCAAGCACAGCCCGCUGGCGUCAGUGACCCCGCCGUCGAGAACAAGAUCAUCAACGAAGAGUACAAGGUCUGGAAGAAGAACGCCGUCUUUCUCUACGAUGUCAUCUACAGCAGAGCCCUGGAAUGGCCCACCCUCACAACCCAGUGGCUGCCCGAUGUCCAGUCCCUGCCCGACAAGAACUUUUCCACCCACCGCCUCCUGAUUGGCACACACACUUCGCGCGCUACCCAGGACUAUCUACAAAUCGCCUCUGUCGACCUUCCCAACAAGCCUGCCGUCAACCCUAACGACUAUGAUGCCGAGAAGGAGGAGAUUGGUGGCCACGGUGCUGCUAAACAGCCCAUCUCCUUCAAUGUCAUUCAAAAAAUCAAUCACCCUGGCGAAAUCAACAAGGCACGCUACAUGCCACAAAACCCUGAUCUCAUCGCAACCAUGACCAUUCAAGGAGACGCCUUGGUCUUCGAUCGCACAAAACACUCCUCCAUGCCCAAGACCAACCAGGUCGACGCACAAAUCGAGCUCAAAGGCCACGAGAAGGAGGGUUUCGGUCUCGACUGGAACCCUCACUUCGAGGGUCAACUGGCUACUGGUAGCGAGGACCAGACUGUCCGUGUUUGGGACAUCAACAACUUCUCCAAAGCAGACAAGAUCCUGACUACCGCACGCAUAUUCAACCACCACAGCGCCACUGUCAACGACGUACAAUGGCAUCCCAUGCACGGAAAGAACCUUCUCGGAACCGUCGCAGACGAUAGAACCUUCUGCUUGAUGGAUCUGCGUACCGCUUCCAACUCGAAACCUGCUAUAAGAAUCGAAGGUCACACCGAUGCCAUCAACACUCUCGCAUUCCACCAGAAGCACGAUGUGCUCUUCGCUACAGGCUCCGCAGACCGCACCGUGGGAAUAUUCGACAUGAGAUUCCCCGAGCACGGCAAGAUUCACAGCAUGGAGGGACACCAGGACGUUGUCACCAAGAUUGAAUGGCACCCCCACGAUCCUUGUAUCCUGGCCAGUAGCGGUGAUGAUCGCCGUGUCAUCUUCUGGGAUAUCAGCCGUGCUGGAAGCGAGCAGACUCCUGACGACGCUGAAGAUGGACCACCAGAAAUGCUGUUCAUGCACGGCGGCCACACAAGUCGGGUGUCAGACUUCAGCUGGAACAAGAACGACCCAUGGAUGAUGUGCUCGGUGGCCGAGGACAACUUGAUUCAGUGUUGGCGUGCAUCAAGAAACCUGGUGGAAACCUUGCCUCCCGGUAUUCCACGCCGUGAAGUGUCUAUAUCGCAAUAA